AUGCGUCCCGGACAGUACGAAAAACUCGAUCGCCUGACCAAGAAGCUUAUCAACGGAAUCCUUGAGGCUGGCAAGGCGGCUGGUCAUGAGGUUUGUGGUGGAAGCAUCAGCGGCAUGUUUGGAUUCUUCUUCUGCAAGGGGCCUGUCAACAACUUCAAGGAUGCCAUGAAGUCCGACACUGCCAAGUUCGCUAGAUGGCACAGGGCCAUGCUCGAGGAGGGCGUGUAUCUUGCUCCUUCCCAGUUUGAGGCUGGCUUCAUGUCUCUUGCUCACACCGACGAGGACAUUGACAGGACCAUCGCAGCUGCCAAGAGAGUGUUUGCAAAGAUCUGA